AUGCCAGCGGAACAGGCAGUAGACAUGUUAAACGACACCUUGGCAGAGAUUGUUUUUAGAACAAAGAAUAUGCCAAGGUUCAAAAGAUUGGCACGUACUACGCAUUUUAAUCUGAGAGAAGUUGAGGCUUUGUCAAUUAUUCAUCGUAAAUGCGUCAAAACACUAGGCCCUAUAAACAGAUUCAUACUUCGCGACAUAUUCCAUGCUGGUUUAGACUUUACAGAAAAUAUUCGUCACUUAUUGGUCGACAAAAUGUUUUCCGUUAUUGACAAACGAAAUGCUUUACAGAUAAACCGUGAUCAAUGGAUCGAAAGUCUAUCGGUGCUUCUUCGUGGUACUUUGGACGAGAAAAUUCAUUUUGCUUAUCAAGUGUACGAUAGCUUGAGAACUCACAAAUUAAAAAAGGAGCAUAUAUUUCCCAUGAUGCGCGGAUGUUUAAUUAAACUGCAAAACGAUGAAAAUCCAGACGAAGCCGUGAAGGACCUGAUAGAUUUGUUGAUAAAAAAGCUGGACGUGGAUCGCGAUGGCGUGAUAUCAGAGGAGGAUUUCAAAACUGCCGUGAAAGAAAGAAAUCAGCUCCUUUUAGAAUGCAUGGGUCCAGUAUUUCCUUCGAGGAAUGCUCGUCACGUGUUUCUGAGCACUUUUACAGAUCGUGUAGGAAGAUACUAA